UUGAACGGCGUCCAAGGAGCAAAGGAAGUUCCAAACGAGCGACGAGAACCAACCAUGUGCUUCCGCUCUUAGUUUCCGGCCUUUUUUGCAGCCUGUAAACUUUAGAUGGCUCGGUUUAUUUUCUCGUAGUAUUUUCCAGGACAUUUUGGAUCAUUUCAGGGAUCAAAGCUUCAAGGUUUUCCUGCCAUAACAUACUGCACAUAGCCUGACUUCAGUAUGAAAGAGAAGGAAAAGUCGUCACUAGUAGACCUUGGGAAGAGGUUGUUGGAAGCAUCUCGUAAAGGACAUGCAGAAGAAGUUAGCGUGCUCAUGGCAUCCGGGGCACCUUUUACCACAGACUGGCUUGGUACCUCACCUCUACACUUGGCAGCCCAGCAUGGUCACACUCAGACAGCAGAGGUGUUGCUUCGGGCUGGGGUCAGCAGAGAUGCCAGGACAAAGGUGGACAGAACACCUUUGCACAUGGCUGCACAACAUGGUCACACAAAUGUGGUAGAGCUGCUUAUUUCCUCUGGAGCCUGUGCCAACAACACUGACAUGUUGAACAUGACUCCUCUUCACUGGGCCUGUGAACACAACCACGUUGACAUUGUCAAGAUUCUUCUCAGAGCAGGAGCCAAGAUAGAUAUCAAGAGCAAGUUUGGCAAGACACCCGUUGAUAUUGCAAGAGCUAAGGGCUACACUGAAGUGUUGACAGUGUUAUCAUCAGAUCAGGAUCAAGAUUUAACACUAACAAAGACUCCAAAGAGACAAGCUGAUCGUAACAACCUUUCAUUGAACUCGAUGAAGAAAAGACAAAGAACCAAAAAGUUUCCCAUGACAGCUGGGUCCUGGACUGGCCCAGAAGGCCCUACAGAAAAUGGUAAGUCACGUAGAAAGGCAACUACACCAGGAACAGUGCCAAAGUCUGCAGUUGGUGGAGGAAGACGAGUGUCAGCACCUCCCCAGUUUCCUAAUGCAGGUUCACCAUCCCUGCGAAGUCCGACUGAGAACUCUAUUGCCUCCCUUGUGUCUGCAGCAGCCAUAGUAAAAGCUAAAUCUGAAAGUGAAGGAGAGUGUCACAUGUCAACUGUUUUGUCUGAGGGCAAAAGCACUUCAAGUACUACUAAACCUCAAGAUUCCAGUGUUCUGGACACACUGGCAACUCUUGCUACAGCUACCUUAAGCCACAGUACAUCUGCAACAUCCACGACACCUCCACAGCAAGUUACAGCCAUGGCUGGCAGACCCAUCGGUAUUGCACCACUCACCCUUCCACCAACGACGCCCACCUUUACCACUCCACUGACUCCUUCAAGUCUUUUCCCCAUGCCAUCCCCGCUAGCUGCACUCUCUGCCCUGUCUUCAUUAUCGUCACCUGCUCAAACCUCACCCCUGCCACUGUCAUUCUCAAUGCCAGUGAUGACGCCUCAGCAAGUGGCUUCAACAGGAGCGCAGCUGAUGCCUCUGAUGCAAACUGGUGCACCCUUCUUCUCCAAUGCAGCUGGUAUGUCAAUACAGCAAGCGCCAUCUCCAGUGACAACUGCGGGAGAUGUACAUGUGCCUAUAUCAACAAGCGCAGCAAGUGCGGGUGUUACCAUUGCAGGAGCAGAUUCUGGUGCAGUGAAGAGUGGAACCUUUGGCACUUCAGGCACACACUCUCUUAACACAGCUGCACAAACAAUGCUUCCACAGACCAUUGUGGCUCCUUUCCAGCUACCAAGUGGAUCAGGUCAGUCGCAGCUCCAGACACAGCUUGCAUUAAGUCAGAUGCUUGCUCCGAUGCAAAGCGUACAGCCUUCAGUUGUGCUCGAGCUAAAUGCAACAACAACCAAGGAUGGAAUAGCUCACGUGAAAGUUGACCAGAAUCAAGCAGCGGAGUUGUUAAAAAGCCAAAACCAGUCACAGGAAGUAGCACACACCCAGCUCCAGCAAGAUGGCAGUGAAACAAAACAAGAUGACAUCAAUGGACAGAAUAUUCCAGGAACACAGGAACUGUUUAUAACGCUUCAGGUUCCAGCAGGAUUGCAGCAUGUUCAGCCGCAGCUGUUGACAGAUCCAAGCUUUGCACUUCAACAGGUGCAGCUUGUUCAACAAGUGGCUGCGCAGGACUCCCAACAGCAAACAUCUGGAGCAGCUCAGCCACAGCAGAACCCGGUCACCGUUGUUCAGCAACACGAUGCUAGUGCGCAGACUACACAGGAGCAAACUGCUGGCUCAACUGCACCGCAGGCCCCGAUUGUUCAGUUGCAGCUUCCUCAGGAACAGUUAAACUUGGCGCAGUUGAUGCAAAGCGUCGGCCAUGGAGCGUUGCCGCUGACGUUUUCUACUCUCACUCCACAACAGAUACAGCUCUUAGCGAAUACUCAGCUGCAAAUGCCUCAGCUUAAUCAGAACUCACAACAGCAGCGUCAACAACAGCAACAACAACAACAACAACAGCAAGCCACAGGAUCACAACAGCAACAGCAGCAGCAGCAACAACAACAUCAAAACAUCACUCAACAAUUACUGGCUCAAUCAGUGCCACAAAGGACUCUGUUACCCCAGAAUUACGUGGCUCAGCUUGGCCAGAGUCCUGUCCAAACAACAGUCGAUGUUCAGCAGCAGCAGUCGCAACAACAGUCUUUAAUUGGUCCUCAAGUUUUACUGCAAGUCCAAGAAGACCUUCGGAAGCUGCUGGAACAUCGGCAGGCAGAGGAAGACAAAAUCAGAAAGGAGUUGGAAGGGAAGGUUCACGCUCUUCAACGAGACAGCGACAAAUAUCGCACGGAGCUCGAGCAUGCGCAGAAGGAAGCGGAAAACUACCGGGGGCGAUUAGAGGUAGAACGGAAAGAAAAUUCCAGGCUCCAUCAGUUAUAUGAAGCUGCUGCUAAACAGCCGGCCGCAUCAGACAGCGCUGAGGAUAGGAAUAGUUCUACCGCCAAAACUGACAGCGAUACUUUAAUUUAAAGCGUGUUGUUCUGUUUUUAAAACGUAGUGUUAUUUAGUGAGUGAACACAUCCGGCCUUAAAAAUUGUCUCACUAUGAAAAAUUUAACAAGUGCAUGAAAAUUUUCAGUCGUGUGCUCUUUGGAGUUAGAUUAGUAGUAUAGUGUGAGAAAAAUAAGAGGGAAAAAAGAAACACAUGAAAAACGGGGAAAAAUUUGAAGGGGCCUUAACCCUUUUAUCCUUUUCAGUAAGCCUUUAAAUCAGGACUCAGGGAUAAUUAAGUCAUAAUAGAACGUUUUCACUCACGUGGGGGGCCAGCAGCCAUACAAAUGUAUUGGAACAAAAGGAAAUCUUUACGUGAGAAAAGAGUUUCAACUCUGGAACACCAAGAUGGCCGCCGAUUCCAAUAUGGCUGCCGUCACGUCAUAUGAAAACACUCUAUAACUCUCGGAGACUAAAUUUGACUCGACUUUUAUACCCUUUACACGUGCUGAGCAUGUUGUGGUUUGUUAAAUGCAUGCUGCAUCGUACAGUUAAAAAAUGUCAAUGGAUUUUACGUUAUUUUUCAUUGCAAGUUGCAAGGAUAUAAUAUAUCAAUCAUUGGUGGUUAAGCAUUCCUCAGUAUGGGAGGCAAAAGAAGUACUAUUUUCAGCGGGAAUUGGCUGAGCAAGCGUUCAUUCCGACGGGGAUGUUGCUAAGUAACAUGACGUGGCGACAAACUGACGGAAAACCUUUCGGAUUAUGCAUCCUCUCUGAUUGGGUGAAAGUAAUCGAAAGUUGUUCGGGUUCUUCAACGACGAUUUGCCGAGAACGGUUCUUAAUCACUAAACUGAUAUUGUAAAGAAUGUAUAUAGUCCAUUCGCGGAAGACAAAGUACAUUCAUGUAUAUUGUUUCGGUAAGUUAUUUGGUAUAGUAUUUGUCGUCAGUAUUAAUAUACACAGUUUAUUUGUACGGUAUGCAGCGAGAUAACUACUUUAAUAUGUUCGUUAUUUUCAAAGCAUCGCAGAGCCAAUAUUUCAUUCAUUUGUUAACAAAACAACAAUUUGCGUUUUUUUUUUUUAUCUCUAAGUUAUGUCUACUCAGGUUCUGUACAGAAUGAAAUAUGUUUUGAUUCAGCUGUCGUUAUCUCGAAUACCCGAGAGAGGCAAUAAUUAUCCAGGCCUGCGAUAAAUAUAAAAGAACUGUCGGAAAAUGUGAUUGUACCGGUCGAACCUUUGCUUGUGAAGUUCACCUAAGUGUUAGACACGGCCAUGUUACUACCUUUAGAACUUUUAGUUAACAAGAGAAUAUCGAGUUUAUUAUUUUUUCUGAACUUUGUUAUUUCUGACAUGCUCUGACCUAGCAGAGUAAAAUCCCGCCUUUCCGGACUCGAGUACCAUUUGUAGGUUUUUGUGACAUCGUCUUCAUUUCUUGAUUGACUAGAUGGAAUUACUCCGAUUUGGCAGUUAGACGGUUAUUUGAAAGUCGACCUGUAAACUAGCUUUAACUGGGAAUUUAAAAAUCAAAGGGUUGUUUUUAGACGUAGUAAAUAAAAUACUUGUAAAUACGUGGGGCACACUUAGGUAAUGCAUAUCGCUCUAGUGUGAUUUUAAUGAUGGAAAAUACAUUGUUUUGUGCUAUUGCCACAACAUCUCUACCAUUGAUUGUCAUGAUUUUCAAAGUUAAUAAAGGAGAAACAAGAUUAAA